GAAGGUUUCUGGCGGGGCCGGCGCCAUUUUGCCGGAGCCUGUGACCGAGUGGGAGUGGAGUGGGGCGGCCGUUGUUGCCGACUCUUUCCUCCUCCCCACGGUCCAGUCAGCGGUUGAUUAGGCUAUCGGCCCUCAAGCCGAGACUUGUCUCUUAUUUAGUUCUGGGGAGCGCCUGGCCGACAUGAGUGAUGUAGAGGAGAACAACUUCGAGGGCAGAGUUAAUGUUCGUGAAGAAAUUGAAGAGUUUUUUCCAAGAAUGUGGAAGAUAAAUCAAGAUAAAAGAAGGCUAAUGAAAAGUAUUAAAGAUCAGAAAAUUAAAAUUGAAUGGGGGAAAAAAUUGAACAGAAGAUUGGUCAGAUAGAAGCACUUGAAUAUUUUUUUUAAGGCUAUUUUGAAUUGUUUGAAUUGGGGAAGAAUACACGAAGUAUGAAAAAUGAAAAACUCAAUGAAGAAUGAAGAGAAGUAGAAAGCAAGAGUGAAGUAGAAUUAAAAGAAUCUGGAAGAAUGAAUGGGUCCUAGGUUAAGUAAAUGUAUGGUUUAUGUUCCAGUGUCUGUAUGAUCAAGUUGUAGAUGAAUUUGCAUGAUUUCUUAGUUAAUAGAGAAUUGGUGAUCUGGUUCAAGUAGGGAAUUAUUGAGGACAGUUAGCAGUAUUAACAAUGGGUUAUUAAUGAGCUGAAAUUUUUUUCUGGAGGGUGUUGCCUAACCAUUUGUUUUUCAGGAGCAAUCAAUAUAAAUAAUUACGGUACUUUAAAUGUUAGGUGUUAGGCAUCUAUGUGACCAGUGCCAUUUGUAAUACUGUCUUCUUUGUUAGGAGUCUCGCUCUCAGUCAAAAUCUCCAACGGGAACUCCUGCUCGUGUAAAAUCGGAGAGCAGGUCAGGAUCUCGUAGUCCAUCAAGGGUUUCCAAACACUCAGAAUCCCAUUCUCGAUCAAGAUCAAAAUCCAGGUCGAGGUCGAGGAGGCAUUCUCAUAGACGUUACACUCGAUCCAGAUCCCAUUCUCACUCUCAUAGGAGACGAUCUCGAAGUAGGUCAUAUACACCAGAAUACCGGCGUCGAAGAAGCCGAAGUCAUUCUCCAAUGUCUAACCGGAGAAGACAUACAGGCAGCAGGGCAAAUCCAGAUCCCAACACUUGUCUUGGAGUGUUUGGCCUCAGUUUAUACACAACUGAGAGAGAUCUUCGUGAAGUAUUUUCUCGAUACGGACCAUUGAGUGGUGUCAAUGUGGUUUAUGAUCAGCGAACUGGACGAUCACGAGGAUUUGCUUUUGUUUAUUUUGAAAGAAUAGAUGACUCAAAGGAGGCUAUGGAAAGGGCAAAUGGAAUGGAGCUGGAUGGUAGAAGAAUUCGAGUGGAUUAUUCUAUUACCAAGAGAGCUCACACACCUACACCCGGAAUCUACAUGGGCAGACCAACUCAUAGUGGUGGUGGUGGAGGUGGAGGCGGUGGUGGAGGUGGAGGCGGUGGCCGGCGUCGAGAUUCUUACUAUGAUAGAGGAUAUGAUCGUGGGUAUGACAGAUAUGAAGACUAUGAUUACCGGUACAGAAGAAGAUCACCUUCUCCUUACUAUAGUCGGUACAGGUCACGAUCGAGAUCUCGUUCCUACAGCCCAAGACGCUAUUGAUAUACAGAAUGGUUGCAGAUGAGGACAUCUUUUUCUGUGUGUGUGUGUGUGUGUGUGUGUGUGUUGAUUUGGGGUUUGUUUGUUUUGGUUUGGUUUUGGUUUGGUUUUUGUUUAAUUCUGGAUUUCCCCAAGCUUCUAAUCCUUCUUACUUCUUAAAACGAACCCUUAAAAAAAACUUCGUUUAUUCACCAUCUACACUAUGUCAGUUGUAUUGCUGUUUCCACCCCUUUUAGUAUGCUCUUAAGAUGUAAUUGUUGUCAUUUGAGUAGUUAAACAUCUUAAGUAAAAAAAGGAACUCCCAGUGUUAGGCUUUGUAAAUGAUUUUUUUCUUUUUUUUUUUUUUUUUUUUUUUUUUUUACUUUUUUACUUUUUUUCUUUUUUUGCUUUGUUUUUUACAGAAAAUUAACUCCUGGCUAAUCAAAUGAGGAAAGAAAUGAUCUUUUUAAAGCUUUUGUGUUAAAUAUUAGAUAUUGUACUAGAGACCUCCAUUUACAACAAACUCCUUUUUUAACUUUCUUUUGGGGAAGGUAGUAACACAUAAAGUAGUUCAGUCAUGUCAAGUUUGUCUGGGGUGGCAUGGAGCAGUCAAAUAGUUGGGUGUAGAAAAUUUGAAGCUAUAGAAGAAAACACUUGGUCAUUUCUUUUGAAGAACGAAAUUUUUGAACCCUAAAAAUUACGUCAUUUUUUUAGAGAUGAAAAGCUUGUGGACUCCUACAAAAUAUGUUGUAUUUAAAAUACAUCUGUUAAAACUUAAAGUGUGAUUUUUGUGUUGAAUUUAUUGAAAUUUAAGUAUUCCCUUAAUCAGUGAAGGACAACUCUUAUUUAUUACUUAGAGCAAUUAUAUACUUUCCUGUUAGAAAUUUUGCUGUUGGGACAAUGGUUAAGCAGGCUGUUAUUGUAUAGUAUAGAGUCCUUAGAAGAUACGUGUGAGGAAAAGUAGUCUCAAAUAAAAGUUAAUUUCUUUGAAAA